AUUAGGAUUGUUUAUAUUAGCGUUUACAUAUAUACAUGCGUAUAGACAAGCUAUCAGUAGUUGCAAUAGAGACUUGACAUAAAUUCACACACACAUACUAAAGCUGACUAUAUUUAACCUUUAUUUACUCGUAAUUAAUAUUCCUUCAAUAAGUUGUAAUCUACUUUCAUGAUAAUGCUGUUUAAAAUGAAACUAAUUACGAUAUGGAUGAUUGCAGUUUGCAUUCCACUUCAAAGUUUUGGUGAAGUCAGUGAUCCAUUUUUGUUAUCGGCGAAUGUUGAAAGUGGAUUGAAUGAUCAGAUUUUAGCUGAAUAUGAAGCUUUUUAUAUCUACGAACACAUGGCUUCCUACUUUUCCAGACCUAAUGUCGGACUGUCAGGGUUUGCCAACUUCUUCCGUAAAUCUGCUAACGAAGAAAUUGAACAUGCCCGUAAAUUCAGCGAGUUUGUCAAUAAGCGUAAUUCAAAGGUCAUCCUGAAAAAUAUAAUCGAAAAAGCUCGUACUUUGAAACUUCCAUCUGAAGGUGUUCCAAUGGACUUCAAAAAUAUUCAUGAAGCAAUUGACUUAGCAAUUGAUAAAGAACUUUAUGUCAGUACUCAAAUCAAUGAACUACAUAAGUUGGCGGCAAAAAUGAAUGAUGCUACAACUCAAGACUUCUUGGAUGAAUUUCUUCAAGAGCAAGUGGAUAGUAUAAGUAAACUUAGAGAAAUGCAAGCCAGACUUCGAUUGGACAGUAGUGCAGUUUAUUUAAUGGAUAAAGAGCUUCGUUAAUUCAUCAAUUUUUAUUGUUGAUGGAAAGAUCAAGGUUGUUCUUUCCUUUUUCGGUUUUUAUUCUCCAUCUAUGCAUCAUUUUAGUUUAUUUUUUUUAUCCCCCAUUUAUACAAACUGUAGACAGUCAGUAAUUUAGUAAACAAUAAAAUGGGUUAUAUUUUAUUUACCUAACUUAAUUCAUUAUGUUUAUUUGUGCAUGCUUUUUUGGGAAAUAAUAUAACUUGUGAUUAGUAUACUUAUCCUUGGCGAUUCUGUAACGUGAUUCCUUAAUCUUCUGGUCAGUUUCUACUCAAAAUAUAGUAAUCAAGAGUUUACUUUCAAGCGUAAGCCAACAUUUUAUCAGCUUGAUUAAUUAAAUCUUAAUUCACCGUUGUACUGUCAGUACUGAAGACAUCUCCACCAACAUGCAUACACAUAAUCUCUUAUUUUGUAUGUUGAGAUCUCAAAGUAGUUUGUGUCAAAUGAAAUACACCUGUGAAUAAACC